AUGGGGAAACCAUUGGGACCAACAGGAGAGUUCUUCAGGAGAAGAGACGAAUGGAGGAAGCAUCCGAUGCUCUCCAACCAAUUACGCCACGCCACUCCUGGCCUCGGCAUCGCCCUUGUAGCCUUUGGCAUCUAUCUUGUUGGAGAGCAAGUCUACAACAAGAUUUAUGCUCCUUCCUCUGAUCACCACCAUCACUCCUCUUCUCACACUCACUGA